AGGAACAAUUCUUUUAAUAUUAGGAGUACAAGUAUUUUGAUUAGACUUUAUUAUGCAUGAAUCAAUCAAUUCUUGCCAACUCUAUGAAAAGAAAAGAAACAAUUGAAUACAUUUAAGCAGCCUAAAGGUUUUGAUUUCACCUCAGCUGCCAUCGAUGAACCCACACGAUCGUACCGUUGACUGGUGGUUUAUAAAUAUAAUCUAACGGUCUACAAUCGUUAAAAUACACACGGGUGUAUUUACAACAUUCCGCAGCUGAUUAUUUUUAUACCAAUUUAAAACAUGAAAGGAUGUUGCCCUGGAAAGUGGCUCUCAUUGACCACCUAAGACUCUUUCUUUCUAUAUAUAUAUACAUUUCCACACUCUUCUCUACUGUCAAAUCGAAUCCUUCCUUCCUUCAAAUUAACCAUCUUCCUCCGAUCCUCUGUUCUCUAAUGGCCACGCCAAGCGAAACAUCAGCUCUUUUCUUCAUCAAGAAACAUCUCCUCGACGAAUUCUCCCCGUUGCCUAAUGCCACCACCACCAAUCCAUGGGAAACCAGCUCCGAUUUUUCAUUCUUCGGUUCAUUUGACCAAACCGGUUUCGAUUUUCCUGAAUUCGAGACUAAACCGGAAAUAACCGAUACUCCACUUGCACCAAACGAUUCCUUCACGUUCCAAUCGAAUCGAAAGCCGCCGCUGAAGAUCGCACCGCCGAACAGAACCGAGUGGAUCCAAUUCGCAGCCGGAAACCCUCAGCGAGAACAGAUUCCCUUACCACAGGUGGCGGCAGAGGAGAAGAGGCACUACAGAGGGGUGAGGAUGAGGCCGUGGGGGAAAUUCGCGGCGGAGAUCAGAGAUCCGACCCGCCGCGGGACCAGGGUUUGGCUCGGGACGUUCGACACGGCGGUCGAAGCGGCUAGGGCUUACGACCAAGCGGCGUUUAGGCUCCGAGGAGCAAAGGCCAUCGUGAAUUUCCCGCUCGAGGUUGGGAUGUGGGAACCACGCGCUGAGAAUGGUCAGAAAAACAAACGGAAGCGAGACGGAGGGGAGGAAGAAACGAGGGUUGUUGCGAAAGUUGUAAAGACGGAGGAGAGUCACGGCGUCGAGCAAGUGGCGUCGAGUUUGACGGGGAUAGAUGACUGGGACUUGACGGAGUUUCUAAGCAUGCCGCUUUUCUCGCCGUUGUCACCACAUCCACCGUUUGGUUAUCCACAAUUGACUGUUGUCUAAAUGUCUGUUGGGUUCAGCUUGCUGUAUGCUGACGUGGAAUUACGGCGUACACGUUUUUUUAUGAUCUCUUGAUUCUUUUUGUUGCACACACAUUCGAGGAAAUUUAUUCAUUUAUUUGUUCUUUAUAUAAUACGACUUACAAGUUUCAACA